AUGUCUACAGAUUUGCUUAUUGAAACAGCUCCCUCCUUUUCAAGCUCUAUCCCUGAGCCCCUUCAACAGCGAUACACCAACUGGAAAAAGAAUACCAGGCUAUUAUAUGAAUAUUUAAACACUAAUUCGACCAAGUGGCCAUCUUUGACUUGUCAGUUUAUGCCUGAUAUGGACAUAGCUUCAGAUAAACACAGAAUAUUACUCUCUUCUUUUACUUCUGCUCAACUACCUGAGGAUGAAGCAAUCUAUAUUAGUGAAAUAUCUACAAUGAAACACAUCGCUUGGAGCUCAUUGAAUAAUUUCCACAUGGAGGAAAUGGAAUUUAAAGUUGAUAAUCAAGUUAAACUAUCGAAGAACCUAACAGAAACAAUUAAAAUACAAUUUCCAGAAGGUGAUUGUAAUAGAGCACGCUACAUGCCUCAAAACCCUGAUGUAAUUGCUAGCGCCUCAUCCCUUGGAUCCGUAUACAUAUUUGACAGGACAAAACAUGGAUCAAAUAGACCCAAAAUACUUGGUAACACUUUCAAGUAUGACAUGGAACUUAAAGAAGUAGAAUCUGGUUGCAAUUACGAAGCAUCAUCACUGGCUUGGAAUUACCAACGGAGUGGCAUAUUGGCGGCGUCUUACAGUGACGGUGACGUUAAGAUCUGGGAUAUCACGAAGUAUAACAAAGCUCAACCGCAAUUGACAGUUCCAGAUCUGAGAUGGCAAGUAGAUAAAGAAGGCGCAAAUGAAGUAUCUUGGAUGGUUCAUCAUAGUUCUAUCCUGGCCGUUUGUGGAGAGGGUAAUGGUUUAACCAUCCUGGACACUAGAACACCUACAACAUUCAGUACAAAGAGACACAGUUGUCACACUGGUGGAAUAAAUGCGGUACAAUUCAACUACGAUAAUGAUUUUCUUCUGUGUUCUGCGGAUUCCGAAGGUACCCUAAACAUUUGUGAUAUAAGGCAAUUAGAACAUCCCGUCAAAACUUGGUCCCAUUUGGAUGCAGUUUCUACCAUACAAUGGAAUCCAAAAUUCCCAACCGUCAUAGCCUCGGCAGGCCAAAAUGAUGGCCUAGUCAAGAUAUGGGAUUUAGCCCAGGAGGAUGAUCCUUUAGUUUUUAUACAUGGCGGUCAUAUGCUCGGCGUCAAUGACAUCGCUUGGAACCAUCAUGACCCCUGGGUAAUGUGCAGUGUGUCCAAUGAUAAUUCAGUACACAUAUGGAAACCAGCAGCAAACAUUGUUAAUGGUAACAACUCUUGA